AUUGCCCGCGGGGCCCGCCCUCCGAAAGCCCCUUCGGGCUCGCGUAGGCUGCGCGCUCCGAGUGGGAGGGGUGCGGCACAGCGACUGGAGCCCCCGCCUUCCCUGACCGCCCGCCUGCAGCCCGCCGGUGCGUCCUGCAGCCUGCCUGCUGGGCAGGCCGGCCAGGCCCGGCCAUGGAGUCCUACGACAUCAUCGCCAAUCAGCCCGUGGUCAUCGACAACGGCUCAGGGGUGAUCAAGGCUGGCUUUGCUGGAGACCAGAUUCCCAAAUACUGUUUUCCAAACUAUGUCGGGAGGCCAAAGCACAUGCGCGUGAUGGCUGGAGCCCUGGAGGGGGACCUCUUCAUCGGACCAAAAGCGGAGGAGCACCGGGGGCUGCUGGCCAUCCGUUACCCCAUGGAGCACGGCGUGGUGCGGGACUGGAACGACAUGGAGCGCAUCUGGCAGUACGUCUACUCCAAGGACCAGCUACAGACCUUCUCCGAGGAGCAUCCUGUUCUGCUGACAGAGGCCCCGCUCAACCCGAGUAAGAACCGGGAGAAGGCAGCAGAGGUGUUCUUUGAGACCUUCAACGUGCCGGCCCUGUUCAUCUCCAUGCAGGCUGUGCUCAGUCUGUACGCCACAGGACGCACGACAGGAGUGGUUUUAGACUCGGGGGAUGGGGUCACUCAUGCUGUCCCCAUCUAUGAGGGCUUUGCCAUGCCACACUCCAUCAUGCGGGUGGACAUUGCCGGCCGCGACGUCUCUCGCUAUCUCCGGCUGCUGCUGCGCAAGGAAGGGGCUGAUUUUCACACCUCGGCCGAGUUUGAGGUUGUCCGGACCAUCAAAGAGCGAGCCUGCUACCUGUCCAUCAACCCGCAGAAGGACGAGGCCCUGGAGACAGAGAAGGUGCAGUACACCUUGCCCGACGGCAGCACGCUUGACGUGGGGCCUGCACGGUUCCGGGCCCCCGAGCUGCUGUUUCAACCAGACCUGGUUGGGGACGAGAGCGAAGGCCUCCACGAAGUACUCUUGACCGCAGUUCAAGAGCCGGACGUGGACCCCAGGCUCAGCCGGCUUGUACUUGCAGGCUUUGGUGACCGAUUACUGAGUGAGGUGAAGAAGCUUGCCCCAAAGGAUGUCAAAAUCAAGAUCUCAGCCCCGCAGGAACGGCUGUACUCCACAUGGAUCGGGGGCUCCAUCUUGGCCUCGCUGGAUACUUUUAAGAAGAUGUGGGUAUCCAAAAAGGAGUAUGAAGAGGAUGGUGCCCGUGCUAUUCAUCGCAAAACCUUCUAGUGCCCUGGGAGCGUGGAGCGUGUUGGGCGAGCAGGAGGAAGGGAGCCCAGAGCCCUUUUUGGUCCUUUUUGGUCUGGGCUCACAUACUAGGCUUAGGGUCCCCUGCAUGCCCUGAACCCCAGGUGGGUGGUACAGCAGUGCUCCCCUGCAGCCCUCCCCGCCACACACACACACACAUACACACACACACACACAGGAACAUUGAGCUGCAUGGAUGGGAGUCUUGAGCCAGAGCACAGGAAUUGAGGGGCCCAGCAUUGGGUUGUCUGGGCGUCCUCUUAGCAGGGCCAAAGCCUGUGGUUCCUUGCUCUGACUCCCCCAGGGCCAGAGUGCCGGGGUGCCUGUGUAAGUAGCCUUGAGCAGGGCGAGGGUGGCCAGCAGCUCCUGCCAGUGCGUCAUUGCGUCUCACGCCACCGCCUCUCCGCAACCCAGCAGGACAGCUGGGCCCUCUGCACUCUGCCCUCAUCUUCCUGGGCAGAUCACUGGUGCAGGGCUGAGUACCAGGCUGGCUUCCACCCCAGGGAGAGAGGGUGACCCAGGUGGCCCUUCAGAGCCAGGACCCGGUACACAGUGGGGACAGUGUCACACUCUCCCUUCAAAGCACUUCAUUGACUUGCUGCUCCCCCCUCUUACCCCCAGCACCCUGAAGGGAAAGGCUUAAUGGUCUUCACUUGUUGGGGGAAGCCAGUUAAUCAGGACUCUGACCUGGGGGCGUUGUUUCCUUCUCUCAUCUCCCCAAGGGAGGAGGUCUUUGCGUUUCCCUGUGGCCAGGGUCCCACCUCCCUCUCCCAGAUAUGUACAAUAAUUUAACACAGUUGCCUGAAAGAAAACUUUUUGUAAAUCAUUAUAGUAAUAAUUAUGGACAAGGCCCAGUGUGUGGCUCUGUUUUCUCA